GUUUGUUUUGUUUUCUUCUACUUUUAGGCUAGAUAAAAGAGAAGGCGAUCUGUGGCUAGCACAUUUUUACGAGAGAGCCUUAGGAUAAACGAAGAUGCCAGACUACCGGUGUUAGUAAUCAAAUCAUGUGGUGGCUUUACAACGAAAAAGUUCCCAAACAAUGCGUCUCCUUACUCCCGGGGUUGACCUAUCGGGUGGGUCGGGCUCAGGGGCACAUCAUUUGCCAUAAGGACGCCUCGGUUAGUCGGAACCACGCCCUCAUCCAAGUUUUGGCCGGCGAGGCGGAGGGGAGUGGCGCUCGUCCGAGAGUCGAGAUUCGGGAUCAAGGCUCCAAAUACGGAACUUACGUGGGCGAGGCCGCCAUUGCGUCCACGGAAACCAGUGCGAGCAGUGCGGGUAAUAGCCUCUCGUUGGAUGCGUCCAGCCCAAAGGGUCCCAAGACGGUCAGCACUACGGAGAAUGUCCGCAUUAAAUUUGGAUUCCAGACAUCGAUUUUCAUGUUGAAAUGGACCCAUCUUGUUUGCACCGGAUCUUCGUUAAAUCGGACCCAAAAACUAGAGCUGUCCCAAACCCUCCAAUAUUUUCCACAUGCCAAGUUUGUGACCAAUUGGCAUAGAGAUGUCACCCACUUGGUGAUGAACGAGGUGAUCCUCACCUUAAAAGUGGUUCAAGCCCUGGCCAAGGGCACGCCCAUUGUCACGCCAUUGUUCUUCAAAGACCUCAAGCAAUGUUCAAUUAGCCAACAAAUUCUUCCAGAUGUGGCCAACUAUGUGCCCAAACUCGUAGAAAAGACGCUAAAUCCGGCUAACAUCUCAUGCAAAGUUGAUCCGAAUCGGAAGACUUUGUUUCAAGGACGGGAAUUUGUGUUCUGCACACGUGCACAAAUGGAUCGAUACCAAUGGGCCAUCCACGAUGCGGGUGGUGAAUCAGUCUGUGCCAGUCCCACCAAGGUAUUGGAUCUUCAAUCGGAUUCGGUACUUGUUAUCAAACCCAUGAAUGAGGCAGAUAUGGACAGAAAUCCGGAGUUCAAAACAAUUACCGAGACCCUGAAACAACUUGGGCGUCACUCGUUUCCGGAGCAAAAUAUCGGCAUCGCCCUUCUCAAGUCGAGAGUGGACUUGGAUUUGAACCCGAAGAAAAAGCCGCAACUGAAGUUGUCCCAGAAAUUGAUUGACGCCUCACAGGACCAGAACAAAUGGGCCUCACAAACGCAAAGCUUACGGCCUCCAACUCAGUCCAUGCUCACAUUGACAGGUCGGACUUCAAAGGUUCCAGAGACACUCACUGGUGAUAAAUCAGAGGUGAAAUUGGAACGAGGGGGGCAAGAAAGGAUGGAGGACGACGACGACGACCUGUUUGGGCCAUCAACCUCCUUCAAACGACCGCCAAGUCCCAAGGCCACGCCCAAUAGUAAGCGAGUCAAAAUCGAGCAAGUCUGGGAGCCAAGUCCAAAACCGGUCAAUGAUGAAGAAGAGGAUUUAUUCGGUUGCACGCCGCUACCUUCAAUGGAACCACAGGCUAGUGAAAUAACUUUGAGUGAUGUAUCGGUGUCCAAGAAGCGUCGAAAGGAGUCCCCGAAGGCGAACCAAAGUCCGGUGAAGCGAUCCAGGCUCCUUCAUUGCCCUGAAACUGGCAUCGAGAUACGGCCCAAGAAAGGGUUACAGAAAGAAAUUGUCCGAACUGUCCACUCACACGAACAACUGCAUGGUUCAAGUGAUAAUGAAAUGCCACAAGAGAUCCUUUCCGUGCAUAUUAAGAAAAAAGGCGUUCAGGUAUUACCCUCCACUUCAACAUUGUCGGCUUCGUCAUCGUCCGCAUCUAAAGAGAAUUCGACAAUCAUGUCGGAAAACGGCAUGUUUUUUAAAAAGAAGAGCAAAGUUUUGUCAGAAACCCGUCAACAUGAGAGCUCCAUCAAUGAUAUCUCAUUAGGGUGCUCUCUCAUUACACUCAAACACUUGGUGCGUCCUGAAGUCCCGAAACCCACCUUCGUACCUUCAAAUAAUAGUCAGGAAUUGGGAAGGCCAGUCAAAAACUUCAAAAGAUUUAAGAAGCAGGGUUUGGCGUCGCAAAUGAGGAGGCAGUUUGUUUCCUUGAACAACACCAUCAAUCAAACUCGACAACCAACACAUGAAAAUUCAUUUACUGGCAACGUGGGUAACCAUUCUUCCCCAAAUGUAAGGGGACAGAGCGAGGAGGACGAGGAUCACGAUAGGAUAUCCGAGGAGGAUGAAGAAGUUAUGCAAUCUGAGGAAGGCCAUGGACAAAGCCAAGAGGGCGAAAUGUGGGAUUUUUAAUAUUGGUUGCGCUAACAUCAGUUAAGGUUUAUUUCGAAAAAUAUAUAAUUCUUCACACUUC